AUGUCUGUGGAAUCAGUGAAUUCCGAGAUAGUUGAAUUAAAUGUCGAGUUGAAAGUGUGUUUGAAAGCCCUGAACAAUUAUGACAAGGAUGAGUUCUUCAUCGACCACCCAGUCUAUCAACAUUUGGAUGCAACGGAUCAUGGCGCACGUUUGGAAUUCUUGAGGAAAGAAAAGGAACAAAAGGAGGAAGACUUGAGGAAAGCAAACAAGUUCAUGAGGGCAAGUGAUCUCUAUCUAUUGAAAGCUGUACCCCCUUCAACUCGUCCACCGCGUUCCCCAAUUCUAUCAAGAAAACCGUCCAAGGUGCCUCCAUCGACAGGAAAAGACAGGCCCAAUGCAACCACACCAAAGGAUAGUCCAUCCUCGAAUGAAGGGAAAAUCGAAGGUCUGAAGCAUGCGUCCGAUGACAAAAACACGACUAUGCAGUCAUCCCUGUUGUGUGGAGCUCAUGAAAUUGUUGUACGCAACUAUUGA